GAGCAAGACUGCAAGACUCGAUGAAGAUAUUUCUUUUACCAAUCGCUGAACUGCCGGCACCUAGCAUACAUUCCUUCCCGCCUCCAAAUUUCCUGAUAUUUAUCGACGCGUACUGCUUGCAACAAAAACUCUAGCACCUUCGUGAUACUCAAGCCGACAAAGAAGCGCAUAUUGACACAACCUACUAGUACGGCUGCGAUGAAGAUGCUCUCCAUCCUUUUUACCAUUUCCUCGUUCACGAUGACCGCCAUAGCUGCGCCAACCUUGCAAGCUCCCACUGGCCACCACCUAAACUGCACCUUCACUAUCCUUGUCACAGAAACCUGCCACUUUAGCACGGCCCCCUCCCUCAGCACCUCCGCCGCAAUCACCUCCAUCCUCUCACCCUGGGGCGCCUCCAUCACAAACUCCACCGAAGCCCUUAACAUUGACGCCGCGCCGCUCUCCGUCUAUGCCAGCAGUCCGCAGGAGAGUAUCGCUGGGAGACUGGACAUCGAGCGCCCAAACAACACGAAGGUCGAGUUUGGGUGGACGUAUGGACCUUCUGGUGGACGGCCGGUGACGGUAAGGUGGAGUGAGGAUAGAGAGGGCACCGAGGGGCGGUAUGGGUGUGCGGUAAAGCAGAAUUGGGAUGCGCCUGAGGCGAGCUGUGAUGGGGCACACCCUGCAGAUGAGAGGGAGAAGGUAUUAGACUGCUGGUUCAAGUGCAAUGGGAUGGCUGACUCGGAGUCGUGAGCGAGCUUGGGGUUAGGUCUGGAGAGGUGAAGUAUAGUGGUAUGCUCCAAAGAGCAUAGCGUUACCCUACGAUAGGCUUCUUAUCAAAUAUUAAUCAAGGGAUUGCAUUACCGC